AUGGCCGAAGCCGAGCUCUUCUCGUCAGACCUGCUCUCGCCCGAGGUGCAGGCGGCGCUGCCCGAGGGCUACCAACUGCGGGCGCUGCGCCAGAGCGACUUCGACACGGGCUUCCUCGACUGCCUGCGCGUGCUGACCACGGUCGGCGACAUCACCCAGCAGCAGUUCGAGGACCGCUACAGCUGGAUCACGAGGCAGGACGGCGGCUACUUCAUCCUCGUCGUCGAGGACACUAAUCCCAGCCCCCCGCGCGUCGUCGGCACCGGCGCCCUGAUUGUCGAGCGCAAGUUCAUCCACAAUCUCGGGUCGGUCGGACACAUCGAGGACAUCGCCGUGGCCAAGGACCAGCAGGGCAAGAAGCUGGGGCUGCGCAUCAUCCAGGCGCUCGACUUCAUCGCCGACAAGACGGGCUGCUACAAGACCAUCCUCGACUGCAGCGAGGCCAACGAGGGUUUCUACGUCAAGUGCGGCUUCCGCCGCGCCGGCCUCGAGAUGGCCCACUACAUUGACGGCCCCAAGAGUAAAGCCCAAUGA